CGUUUGAAGAAAAUGCUGUUGGCAGUAAAAAAUUGAGAACUCCUUCCAAAAGAAAGGCCUCAAAGAAAUUGUCAGUAGAAGAGGAAGAACAUUUAAUUUUGGCUGUCCGACAUAGAAGACCUCUGUGGGACAUUAGUCAACCGGUGGACAAGAGAUCCAAGAAAACCCGGAAACGACUCUGGGAAGAAGUUGCUGAUGAAUUGAAUGGUGUACUCGACGCAAUUGCUGUACAGCAGAAAUUUAAAUCAUUACGCGAUACAUAUCGCAAAAUUGUCCAGUUGGAGCAGUACCUUCCAAGUGGAUCUGGGAGGAAUAAAAAUGAGAACCGUCACAAGUGGAAGCACUAUGACAUAAUGGAGUUUCUUCGUGAUACUAGUCUAUCGAAGAACACAUCGAGUAAUAUUCCUAGCACAGAGAACGAGCUAUUAAAUAAAUUGGUGGACCAGUCAACUUCUCAAGUACAAAGUCCGAUUGGCAUAGAUCCAAAUGACAGUAAUAGCACAGAAACGCCAACCUUAUCAAGUACUUUUACGAGUGGAAAAAGGCGAAGACUCAAUACCUAUUCUUCUAGUGAUAGCGAUAUAUCAGUUGCUUUUACGAAUCCGUUGGAUAAACUAAUCCAAAUUUUUGAGAGACGGGAAAAGGCGCAAAAUGUUGCAUCACCAAAUAUAAAUGAUCCAUUCGAUGAGGUGGAUCAUAUGCUACAAACAGCAGCAUUACAUUUGCGCAAAAUGUCGCCUCAACUACAAAUGCGAACUCUACAGGAUAUUGUCCAAAUGACCUUCUCCAGACUACAGGAAGAAACAAAUAAUAAUUAAAUUUCUUUCAGCUGGAUGUUUUAGAAGAUUCCGACAACACAUUUUCUAUUUUUUUAUACAAGCAUAAUUAGCUUUAAAUAUUAACAAAAUAAAUAAAUUUAUGGUUUAAA